UUUUGCAGCUAGCAAUUUUUGCGGCUUCCAACUGAGUAGGAUUCUUAUAUAUAGUAUAAUGGAAAAUGGUUUUUUAGAUUCCGCACAUCAAUCCGAAAACGGCAUUGAUGCUGCUUUCCCGAGAUACACAGACAUCGAGGAUGUUAAUGAGCAAGAUGUAGAGGAGAUACAAAUGUCCCCACAAGAGGUAUUGGAAUCACUUCAGCGUGCCUGGAUAAACGAAAAAUUUUCCCCAGACCUUCUUCCUUACCAGGAUGUUCUAGUCGAAAUGAUAAUGAUACAGUUGGUGCAUAUGGAAGAAAAUUUGGCCACCGCAAACAAAAACGAUUUGCUUUACAUGGUACAUCGCAUGGAAGUUGAACGAAUCCGAUACAUAGUUGCAAGCUAUCUGCGAUGCAGGUUACAAAAAUUGGAAGCAUAUACCUCACACGUGCUAGAUGCCGAAUCACACCGACCGGACAGCGCCAAACGUCUCUCGGAUGCUGAACAUAAAUUUGCCCUCGACUUCCACAAGAGCGUAGAAAAUCAUUAUUAUCAACUUGUAGUGCGUCACAUGCCUCAAAAUCAACAGGAUGAUAAACUCGUCCGUCAAGUAGUACCCAAUUUAGAUACGCAUGUCUUUGCACGGGCCAGACAAAACGUAGGAGAAUAUUCCCUCGGAGGUGGCGAACAUUCCGUUAAUAUUAUGUCGGGGUCAGUGCUUUUGUUUAAAUAUCGCGAUAUCGAGCCUUUAUUAAUUGAGGGUCUACUAGAGUUGAUUUGAAAUUCAUUGCAGAUAAACUGAAGACGUUGUAAAUUAAUACGACUUCGCGUUGGUAAUGCCAAUGCAUAUUUCUUAUUUUGGUUACCAUGGUUACGUUGGUUGCUAUGUGUUAACAAAAAUGGUUUGCUACCUUUACUUAGAAACCAGGGCCCAUAAUGCAGCAACAUAUUGUUUGCAAGUGACGUAAAUAUACAC